AUGGGGAAGAAGAAGGCUGGAGGAGGAGCAGGACUUGGCAGAGCUCUGAUAAAGGAGAGACUUCAGACAGGACGAGGCAACAAGAAGGGGGACACAUGGCUGCACACGAGUGAGCUGAAUGAUGGUUAUGACUGGGGAAGGUUGAAUUUGCAGUCAGUGACUGAACAAAGUUCCAUGGAUGACUUUUUGGCAACUGCGGAAUUAGCAGGAACAGAGUUUGUAGCUGAAAAACUUAACAUCAAGUUCGUACCAGCAGAAGCUAGAGCGGGUUUAUUGACACCUGAGGAGAAAAAGAGGCUGAAGAACCUUCAAGAAGACAACAAGCAUUUUCUCAGAAUCCCUCGACGUCCUAAAUGGGAUGAAAGCACCAGUCCUGAAGCUCUGCAGCUUGCAGAAAAGGACAGCUUCUUGGAGUGGAGGAGAAAGCUUGCGCAGUUGGAAGAGGAACAAAAAUUGUGCCUCACUCCGUUUGAGAAGAAUUUAGAGUUCUGGAGGCAGCUGUGGAGAGUCAUUGAGAGAAGUGAUGUUGUUGUUCAGAUUGUGGAUGCCAGAAAUCCAGCAUUGUUCAGAUGUCCUGACCUGGAGUUGUAUGUAAAAGAAGUGUCCGAGAAUAAGGUGAACAUGCUGCUGGUGAAUAAGGCAGAUCUGUUGACGAAGCAACAGAGGCAAGCCUGGGCCUCUCACUUUGAAAAAGAAGGCCUAAGGGCAGUUUUUUGGUCUGCCCUGGCUGAAAGUGACAGGUUGGAGGCAGAAGAAAAGGGCAUUGAGCUGGCAGGAUCUGAAGAGAGUGACCAAGAAGAUGGAACACAGCCAGAUAAUGAAGAUUUGAGCUUGAAUAGGGUUGAUGGCAUGGAUAAGAAGGCAGAUAACAGGGAUAAGAUAACAGUCAAGGAGGAGGAGGAGGAGGAGGAAGAGGAGUGGUUAACAGCCUCUGAAGAUGAGUGGCAGGAAGAGGAGGAUGAUGUUGGCAAAUCCAAUGAGGUCCCCUUCCGUAAUUCCACUCGCCUGCUGCAUAAGGACGAGUUGUUGGAGAUGUUCAAGAUGGUUCACAAUGGGCCCAGAUGUAAAGACGGACAGCUGACAGUCGGACUGGUUGGUUAUCCUAAUGUGGGGAAGAGUUCAACUAUAAACACCAUUUUAAGAAACAAAAAAGUGUCAGUUUCUGCAACUCCUGGACACACAAAGCACUUUCAGACUUUGUUUGUGGAGCAAGGUCUGUGCCUCUGUGACUGUCCUGGUCUAGUUAUGCCGUCCUUUGUCUCCACCAAAGCUGAUAUGAUCUGCAGUGGGAUCCUACCCAUUGACCAAAUGAGAGACCAUGUACCGGCAGUCUCUCUAGUCUGCCAAACAAUCCCCCGGCAUGUAUUGGAGGGCACAUAUGGCAUCAACAUCAUCAGGCCACGAGAGGAUGAAGACCCUGACAGACACCCCACCUCAGAGGAGCUGCUUACAGCUUAUGGAUACAUGAGAGGCUUUAUGACAUCACAUGGCCAGCCUGAUCAGCCCAGAUCUGCUCGCUACAUCCUGAAGGAUUAUGUUAAUGGAAAACUUCUGUACUGUCAUCCUCCUCCUCACAUACAAGCUGAGGACUUUCAACCACAGCACCGCACAUUCCAAAGAAACGAGUUGGAAAACUGUGACCUCACUUCAGCAAGUAACAAAGGAAAAGUCAAGAGGAUCGAAAAUACAGUGGAUAAAAACUUCUUUCAUGCGGAGAAUGUGCGAGCACUUUCCAAAGGAGUCCAAGGUGUCAUGGGCUACAAACCAGGCAGUGGAAUCGUGGCUCCUGGAAAAGCUGCAACAGAGACGGUGGUGGGAAAACCCUGGAAGAAACACGGCAAUAGAAACAAGAAGGAGAAAGUGCGUCGGCUUAACAAGCAUCUCGAUGCCUGA